AUGAAGCGCAUUUUCCAGCGGCGGGUGCGCAGCCCCUCGGCGUCGUCUUCGUCCGAGAGCCCGACGCACGCACAUGCGCAGACUUCGCUGCUGUCUCCUAGGCGAGCGGCUUCUGCGUCGGUCAAGGGCUCUGCGGCCAGAAUCGGCCCGGAAUUGACGGAGAAUCGAGCUGCCGCAGUGGCCGUCGGUGGUGACGCUCUGCACGCUCAAGUGGAGGUGUUCGCGACGGCAACGCAGGCCCAAGAGCAACGGCAAGCGCUCAGCUAUCUCCACAAGGCUCUGGUGGCCGACUUCCAGGCCUCGGAGGGCGCUGAGAAGCUGCUGAGCGCGCGAGAUACCAACACUCUCGUCAGUGUGGGCAGCCAGAGACUGCGCAGCUGCUUCAGUCGCGCGCUGGAGCUCUUCAAUGCCGGGAGACUUGACGGCAAUGCUAAUGCCAAGUUCCUAUUGGCUACAGAAAGUGGCGAGAGAGGUCACGUGCUGCAACUGUUGCAGGUGUUGAGGGUCUUGCUCGUGAGAGGAGACAAUGCCCAAGCUCUGCUGCUAGUUAGUGCGAGGAUCCCGUCCACAUUGGUCAAGGUGGUGAAAGCACUGAGCGAUGCAGAAAAGGAAGACGGCGUUGAUGAGCUUGUACAAGUGAUUCUGGAUGUGCUGGCAGUGCUAGUUACGUCGCCCGAUGCGGUGCAGGAGUUAAAUGAGAGUAGCACGCUACACAGGAUUUUUCACUUGGCAUUCCGCGACGAAACACUGCAGCUGAAUGUCGUGAAGGUAGUGGAGGCUUUGGUCCAGGGCCUACAGCAGAGCCGAUGGAGAGCUAUGGUGAAAUUACUCUCCGAGGAGAGGUGUCUUGUCGAUUUGAUCUACCAUGCCAACGGAACGGGUGUAUUAGCCAAGACUUUAUCGGUCACAGCAGUAUCGAUGAAACGGGCUUUUGCGUCUGGACUACUGGAUUUGCACCGAGAGAUGAACGCGGGCCGACAACGACAGAAAAUUAUGAGUACCUUCACGCAGCUGUUCGAGUUUCGACAGCAUGCAAUAUGCGCUGAAGAUACUACUCCGAAUGCUGUUGAAGCCAUCUAUUUACACGACCAAGAGCUGGCGGAUGCUGUGGCAGAUCUAUGCCUGUCAGGGAAUGAGCAUCCUUUACCGCGAAACAAUAUUCACGAAAACAAGGCAUUUAAGCUGGCGACUAUUUCGACGGAGAAGUUGGUUGGGCAGUCUCUGUUUAACUCGGAAGCAUUUGGAUUGCUUUCGGAUAUCAUUGCGUACUUACACCGACCGACAAAGACUGAAGAAGAGCAUCGUUGUAACAAGGAAACCUGCGCCAAGUUGUUGGACGAUCGCGAACGACUUGAGUGCCGUUAUCUUCAAAAGCUUGGUCAAAUUGUCGUGACGAGUCGCUUUGACUACGAAUUCGUGAGUAUCGCAAGCUUUCUUGCGCAGGCUAUCGAAAACAUCGAUGGCUAUUCGGAAAUCGCUCAGCACACUAUCAUGUCAGUUCUCUCGGCGAUAGCUAUCGAAGCCCGAGUUAUCCCGUAUGCUGAGCUCGUUUCAAUGAACGCGUUCAUCCAAAAGGACACGCUUCAAAAGCAUUCUAUCCAUGCAAUACUGGCUUUUAUCGCAAACCUCCUUCGGUUUGAUGAGUCCUAUCACGAAGUGCUAUGCUCUGUCGGCCUCGUGAGUACGCUGGUGGCACUCUUUCUUGAUCAAACAAGCACCGUAUGUUCUGAUGCGGGGUCGACGCAGAUCAGAGUGGAGUAUCCAACAAGUUCUACAAGCACCAGUCAGACUAGUGGCACUCCCGACGAAUCAACUGCUAUCAACGAGCAGGUAAUUAUCUCGAUGCUAGCGUCUCAUUGUCAUCAAAGGGCGCGACGACGCCGACAGUGCGGUAAUGCAAUGCAGCGAGCUGACUACAUUAUUCUCGUCGACAUCAUGAAACUGGUUGCUGACGGUGUUCAAAGUCAUACAGCUACCAGGGACAAACAAUAUUGCGAACGUACACUGUGUGGAUUACCAAUGCUGGAGUGUGUUUGCACGUUGGCUGGAAACACCACUUUUCAACAAGAGGGUGCUUCGCUAUGGAUAUCGAUUAUCGCGCUGUCAUUACGAGUGGAGCACGAUGACGCGGUCCUUCGAAAUGUGGUUAACAGCUUUCUGCAAGCCUUGCGAUACGUAACUCUGGCGGUCUUUCCGGAGGAUGGCGAAGUUACGCUGGCAUUUCCGGGGGAUGUAGCAGUAUUACAAGGAGCUCUCGCAUAUCUUGACGCACUAUUGCGACCCAAAUCAGUCUCUACGACGGCAAAGUCUACUGGAGUUUCCAGUGGGCAAGGUAUUUGCUUUGACAUGACUCCAGUGAGGGAACGCCUUUUGAAAGCUCUGCUCGACUGUGAUGUCCUUAUAUCUCUUUUGGGAAUUAUUUGUGCUGUAACGAAGAAGUGGGAGGUUAGUGCCGAUGGUACAAGUACCUGUGAUACUCUUUCUGCUUCAUUUUCUGCUGUGACGCUGUCACUACAAUCCAUUUUCUCGAUCGUUACGACUAGUUCAGAAGCUGAGCAACGGUUCUGCAGGUACGCACUGUCAAUGCAAUCCAACCACACAUUUUGGUCUCAAGUAUAA